CUGACGUCAUCGCGGGAACUGCCCUGUCACGCGCUGUUAGUAAAAGUUGGGAUAGAAGCUCCAGUCGGCGCGAGAGAGGUAAAUUUCGCGACCGCUUUUAUUGACGUUUGGUAAAGGUCGCGAGGAAGCGAAAUAAAUGACAGUGUAGCCUAGUCGAAGCCGCGCGAUGUAACGAAAGUCGACUCCUUCCAAAAGUUUAUGUCAACACUUUAUCACAGUAGUCGAGAAGAAACCGCCACAGUGAGAGUUAUUCUGGAUUUUUUUUAAAAGAAGGAAACGCUUUCUCGAGACCGUCGCGUUUAUAAUUGUAAAAACAACAACAUCUCGAAAGGCUUAUUUAACGAGAAGAGAACCACCCCCCGUGUUCCAGUCGGUAAAUGUUGUGACAUUUACAGCAGGGCAUUGCUCUAUAGCCGAGUCGUGGGGGAACCCACGCUGUCAAACCCGAUGACUACUGUUAACUGCACCGGCACCGAGGAGCUGGACUUCACGCUCAUCUUCGGAGAGGACGGACAGCAGCACGGCCCUGCAGAUCAGGAGCCCGAUGACAACACAUCCUUCUACAUCCACGAUGUGGGCCAGCCACAGUCCAUGGUUAGCAGCCACCAGUCUGUGGGCCUGCCCCAUUCAGCCGUCUCAAACCACCAGUCUAUGGGUCUGCCACGCCAUAGCAUGCAGGCUUACUCCCAGCUUAUCAACACGUCACCACGCCUGCAGCCACACAAACAGGCCUGCGAGUCCCACAGCUACGACGGCCUACACGAGCCCAAGUACAGCACAUCUCCCCUGCUACCCCACACCCCCACGGGCCCUCCCAAGGCCUUUGAGUGUCCCAGCAUCCAGAUCACCUCCAUCUCGCCCAGCUGUCAGCAGGGGAUGGGCGCCAGUCAGGAGGACCUCAGGGCCAACGGCCCCGAAGGGGACUACCACGGGGAGCGACCUCUCUCCAGGGACCACCUGUACCUGCCCCUGGAUCACGCGUACCGGGACUCAUCGCUCAGCCCCAGCCCUUGCAGCAGCAUCUCCUCCAGGAGCUGGUUCUCUGACGCCUCUUCCUGCGAGUCCUUCUCCCACAUCAACGACGACGUGGAACACGAGCUGAACGAGGCGGCCGCCCGCUUCACCCUGAGCUCGCCGCUCACCUCCCCGGGGGCCGGCUCCCCCCAGACAUGGGGGUUGCCCCAGGAUGACCAGGGGCCAUGGCAGCAGCAGCAGCAGCAGCAACAGCACCACCACCCCGCCUUCAUCCACUCCCACUCCCUCACCCUCUCGCCACGGGGGUCCCCGUGCCACUCCCCGCGCACCAGCGUCACCGAUGAGAACUGGCUCAGCCCGCGGCCGCCCUCCCGCCCCUCCUCGCGGCCCACCUCGCCGUGCGGCAAGAGGCGCCACUCCAGCGCAGACAUCUGCUUCCAGGGCUCGCUGUCCCCGCACCACUCGCCCACCCCCACGCCAGGGCCCUCGCCCAGGGGCAGCGUGACCGAGGACACCUGGGGUGGAAGCCCCCAGGCCGGCAUGUCGCCCUUCCAGUUCUGUCCCUCCGAGGCCGACAUACCCUCCAAGACCAGGAAGACCUCCCAGGACAGGACGGUCAUGCAGGGGGACAUGGGUCUGGACGAGCAGGGGAGUAUGUCCCCACACCUGGACUCCCCGUCAGACGAGGGUCUGCACGGCAUGAAGAAGGACGCCGCCGGCGAGCAGUUCCUCUCCGUGCCCUCCCAUUUCACGUGGAACAAACCCAAACCCGGUCACACGCCUAUAUUCAGGACCUCGUCCCUGCCCCCUCUCGACUGGCCGCUCCCCAGCCAGUUUGGCCAGUAUGAGUUAAAAAUAGAGGUGCACCCCAAGGCUCAUCACCGGGCCCACUACGAAACAGAGGGCAGCCGAGGAGCCGUCAAAGCAACUUCCGGGGGCCAUCCUAUCGUCAAGCUCAUUGGCUACAGUGAGAAGCCCAUCAACCUUCAGAUGUUCAUCGGCACAGCGGAUGACCGCUACCUCCGGCCGCACGCCUUCUACCAGGUGCACCGGAUCACCGGCAAGACGGUGGCCACAGCCAGCCAGGAGAUCGUCAUCACCAGCACCAAAGUCCUUGAGAUCCCACUCCUACCGGAGAACAACAUGACGGCCAGUAUCGACUGCGCCGGCAUCCUCAAGCUCCGCAACUCGGACAUUGAGCUGCGGAAGGGGGAGACGGACAUCGGCAGGAAGAACACGCGGGUCCGGGUGGUGUUCCGGGUGCACAUCCCCCAGCCCAACGGGAAGGUGCUGUCGCUGCAGGCCUCCUCCAUCCCUGUGGAGUGCUCCCAGCGCUCGGCUCAGGAGCUGCCCCAGGUGGAGAAGUCCAGCCCGACCAGCUGCCUGGUCAGCGGGGGAGAGGAGAUGGUCAUCUCCGGCUCCAACUUCUUCCCCGAGUCAAAGGUCAUCUUCCUGGAGAAGGGCCCUGACGGACGUCCACAGUGGGAGGUGGAGGCGAAAGUGAUCCGUGACAGAGCUCAAGGAUGCAGUAUAGUGGUGGAGGUGCCUCCGUACCACAGCAAGGCCGUAGGCUCUGCCGUGCAGGUUCAAUUCUACGUGUGCAACGGCAAGAGGAAAAGGAGCCAAUCCCAGCGCUUCACCUACCUGUCAGUCAUGGUGAAACAGGAGCUCAGAGAUGACCUGGACCACCCCUCCGUGCGGCCCCUGUCCAUGCCCAUGCCCAUGGCGCAUGCUGCCAGUCUGGUGUGCACCCAGCUGCCUUCCCCGGAGCAGGGCCACCCCUCUGACGGCCUUCUGUCCGGCUCCCCCAGGGGCCUGGCCGCGGGCCCUGGCCCGGGCCUCCUGCCCCUGCAGGGCCCCUGCCCUUCCCUGGGCUCCCCGUCUUUCCAGCACCUGCCUCAGCUCCAGGGCCGAGGAUUACACCACGCCCCCGCCGACUGCCACAUGACCUUUCAGCCCGGCUCCGCCCCCCACUCCCCCGCCCGGCCCUCCUACCAGCCCAUGCAGCACGGCCACGCCCACAGCCUGCCCUUCAACGGCCAGCACGGCCUGUCCCCCCAGGGCUACGAGCGGAUGCCCCCCUACCAGCAGGACCGCAGCACAGCACCCCAGCACACCAUGGACCUGGGGGGCAUGGGGGGCAUGGUGUACCCCAGCACCCCUUCCUCCUGCUCCUCCCCCUCCUCCGGCCCCGGCUCCACCAGCCCCAACCACCACGCCCCCUCCCCCCACAGCCAGCAGACCCUCCUGAGUCACUCCUCCUCCCACCUCCACACGAUGGGGGGUUACCACCCCGUCCAGGUGGGCUCCCCCGGCGGCCACCCCCAGGCCGGGCAGCCCCCCUCCCAGCAGCUGCAGCGGGCCAUGAGCUACCACCCCGUGGGCCAACGGUCGGCCUCCUGCCCCACGCCCUCCAGCGCAGCCCCGCCACAGCUGAUCCCCUCGCCCCAGUCGGGACCCCCCUCCCCCCAGGUGCACUCCCUGCCCUACCAGUCCCCCACCUCCCCCUCGCCCACCGCCGGGGGCAGCCCCCUAGGGAGACAGCCCUCCCCCCAGGCCAGCAGCCCCGUCAUGGCCAGCCUGUCCCCGGCGACCGCGGCGGGGCCCAUGAGCCACCCGCUGGCCCCCCAGGGCCCCUUCCCCCCGGACGUAGAGCGGCUGAGCAUCAAGCAGGAGCCCGAGGAACGAGAGCCCACCUUCCGCUCCAUAGGCCUGCAGGACAUCACGCUGGACGAUGUGAAUGAGAUCAUCGGCAGGGACAUGUCGGAGACGCCUGCGGCCCACCCGUCUCCAGACCCUCCACACGGCCACUCCUAG